AUGUUGUAUAGUUUGAUAUUUUUUGGAUUACUGGUUCAGAGAAACGUACAAGGUGAGGCUUUAGGAAAAUAAAACUAUCAGUGAUAAAUUUCGCAAUUUUAAUUUUUUAAACACUGCUCAAAUGUUUUUAGCUACAUAAUGCUCAUAACAGAUUUUUAGAAUCAUGCUUUAUUUUAUCUGAUUGUGAACAGCAAAUAAGUAUGUUGAAGUGGAAAAGUUUAGUGAAAGUUAUUGAAUAAAAUGUUACAAACUAAAUAUAUUUGAAAAAGUCCAAUAAGAUUUACUGGUGCAUGUUUCCCGAGAAAAUAGAAACAUAUUUUUCCAAUCUGUGUCACGUGACAAGAGAGCAUGAAGAUCAGAACUAGAAACAAUAAGAAAUAAAAAUCAACUAUUUCAGCUCAAAAUGAAAUUGGCAACGAUGUUGAUGAGCUUCAAGUUAUCAUAAAUCCUAACACCACAACAAUUCAAAAGCCAGCUGGAGAUCAAGUUUCAAUUGUAUGUACAGUCAGAGGAUAUAAUAAAGACAAACCAGGUGUUCUUUGGAAAACGCAUGGAGGUUUAGAUAGGUAAAUUAUGAUUUAUUUCUUGCAGAUUUAUUUAAAACUUAUCAUUCAAAAAAAAAUGAGAGAAAAAAAAAUGUAAAGAUUAUUUCUAGAACCGGAAAUGUUGAAAUCAAAAAACUGGAUGAGUACACACUUGCAUUAGUCAUUCGUAACUCAACAAUCGAAGACAGCGGUGUUUAUACUUGCCGUGCACAAAUUGGAGACAAAAUUGUGACAAACAGCGUAGAUAUUGUGAUUUUUGGUAAGAACAAAAAUAAGGACUGGAAGUUCAAAAAGAUGAUAACAAAAAGAAAACAUGAAAAAAGAUGGAUUGAUUUAUUUAUAAUCAAGUUUGAUAAUGAACACAAAAAAUGAGUGGAAGAAACAUUUUUGACGUUGAUUGAACUUGAUUUAGAUUCUAGAAAUAGUUGUUCUUGGGGUUCUCUCUAUCUAAUAAUGAUCGAUAAUAAAUCAUAUAUGAAAACAAAAAAAAACAAUUUCAGAAGACCUUGUGUUCGCUGAAAAACAAUUGAAUUAUGGAGAAGUUUUGGCGACAACAUCGGUCAAUGUUUCUUGCGAAGUUACUGCUAAACAAAGCAAUGUGGUGACUUAUUGGACAAGACAUGAAAAGAAAAUCAGACUUGGCGACAAAUUUCAAACUUAUAAAGGAGGUGCACUUUUAGAGAUUCGAAAUUAUCAACCAGAUGAAGAUGCAGGCCAAUAUACAUGUGAAGUGAGUGAAGAAGAAAAAACCAAUGAAAUUUUAUUUGAUUUUCUAGGUUUUCCACGUGCCAAGUGGCGCAUCAACAAGUCGAACAAUUACUUUGGGAACCAUCAGUGAAAACAAUCUUGUGGCUUGUCAAUUAAUGUGCAAUGCUUUUUGUGCCGAAGCUCAAAAUCAAUUUAAACCCUUUGCAAAAUAA